AAUAUGUAUUUUAAAAUUCCUAUAUUAUAUAAUUUGAAGUCUUUUUCCAGUUAUACUGUUUGCAUGCCUUAUGGUAAAAUGUACAAGGUUCCUAAUGUUUUUUUCUGUAACACCACUAAAUGUAUAUUUGAUACCUGAAUUUUGUGCAAAUAACGAUGUUUGAGUUUGAGUUUACGGAUGUAUAACUUUGACCGUUCAAUUCUCUACUUGUUAAUAGUUUUAGAUAACAUAAGGUCAUGUAAACCAUUGGUCCUUAAGGCUAAACUAUAUUUUGGACCAUCAAACCUAUAACUUUAGUUCUUAAGUUAUAAAGAAAACAGUUCUUGCUUACGUAUACAAAUGUUCAGAAAAGAUUUGAUAGAAAAGUUAAUGAAUAGGAUGACAAUUAUAUAAGUUCUCUAUUGGCGGUUGCUACUCACCUAAUUACCUAGGUACCUAAUCAGUCCGUGUAGAUAGGUACAAUUAAGAUCCGAAUCGAACGAACAAACGUUUUCUUAGUUUGAUUCGGUUCUCAAUGCAAUCUCCAGUGCUUAGUUCUGUACCAUAGUUUUAUCGACUUAACUACAUGUCCUCAUGUAAUAUCUAAAUUAAAUCAUUAAGCUCGUUUUUAAAACAUUCUUGUUUAAGUCAUGUCAGCGUAUACCACAUACAAACCAAAAUAAAAGUUUAUGUAUUAUACCUAUGUACGUAGAAUCCUGCCUGUUAUUUUCUCCUAAAACUUUUUAGCUAAAUAAGCUAACCUCAGUCCUUUCUAAACAAAGCUACGUAAUUAAUGAUACUUCUUCCAGGAAGAACGAGCAAACUAUGAAUAGAGUAGUUGGUAGACGGGCUAUUUACGAAACGAAUCAUUCAAGUUAUGAUAAGGCUAACCAACCUCUUGAUUGAUUGGAUUGUUUACAGAGAUAAUUACCUUAAGGUACUUUUUUUGCGUAGGCCGUUGACAUGUCGCAAUGCAAAGCGUAACGCCGUCUGAGUUCGCCGCUGGCGUCCUUGCCUCUUGGUUUCACCGACUGCAACCCGCAAAUUUAAUGAUAUAAAAUGCUGCCACUGGCAGUUGACAGACAGUUCAGUCCAAGUAUUCAAAUCUACAACAAUUAGAGAAGUGAAACAAUAAGCAUGAGGUCGCUAGUCGCCCUUGCAGUGUUAGGAUGCGUAGUAGUAGCUUGCUCCAGUCGAGAAGUAGAGCAAGGUGACCUGGUAGCCGCUGCCAGCCAUCACGGGCAUCAUCACGAAGAAGGCGGAGGCAAGGAGCACCAUGCCCAUCAUCAUCACGAACACGGUGAAAAGGGCCACAAAGGCCAUAAAGGACAUCAUCACCACCACAAAGGCGAACAUGGUCAUCACGGCAAGCACCACCACGAAGGACAUCAUCACGAACACGGAGGCCAUCACAAGAAGCACUGGGAUGAACACGAUCACCACGGCAAGCACCACGAGCAUGGACAUCACCACAAGGGCGGCAAGCACCAUCACAAGAAACAUCACGAUAAGGGUGAGGAAGUAGAAGGAUACCACAAGAAAUACCACAAGGACGAGUACCACAAAGACCACCACUUCUACGAUGACCACCACAAGGAAGGCAAGCACCACAAACAUGGUCACCACCACGGACACCACGAGAAGAAAGGAGGACAUCACAAGAAGGGCGGUCACCACCAUUCCGGCCACCAUGAAGCGCACCAUGGUAAACACGGACACCACGACAAGCAUCAUUACGACGAGGAUCACAAGGGACAUAAGGGACACCACGGACACGAAGAACACCACCACCACCACCAUGACCACGGCAAGAAAGGUGGUCAUGAAGACCAUAAGCACUGGGGUUUCCACCAUGAUCCCUGUUAUUUUUCCCAGAUGCGGCUUCUUCUUUCAUUACAAAUAUUGGCGUGCGUGGUAACAUUCACGCACGCUCGGAUUGUUGCUGAAUCAAAAGGAGAGAAAGAUAAUGCACCCCAAGAUGCAGCUGAAGUGGCUGCACCUACUGGUGUUGACCUAUCUGCAGCCGGCAGUGAGCCCUCAGAUCAAGCAAUAGCGGGAACCGAACACAAGAAAGCUAAAGAGAGCCAUCAUGAGGAGGGCGGAGGUCAUGAGAAACAUGCCCAUCACCACGAAGAGCAUGGUGAUAAAGGUGAAAAGGGCUACAAGUCACAUCAUCAUCACGAUAAAGGCGAUCACGGACACCACGCGAAACACCAUCAUGAAGGUCAUCAUGAUGAACAUGGCGGCCACAAGAAGAAACACCACGACGAGCACGACCACCACGGCGAACAUCAUGAAGCCGCGCAUGGACACAAGGGAGGAAAAUUCGGCCACAAAAAAGGACACAAGAAAGGUUCCAAAACCACCGGAUUCCACCAUAAAUCACACAAAGACGAAUAUCAUAAGGAACAUAAGUUCUACGACGACUUCCACAAGGGAGGCCAUCAUCACAAACACGGCGACUUCCACGGACAUCAUGAUAAGAAGGGAGGUCACCACAAGAAAGGCGGUCAUCAUGAAAAGGGUCAUCAUGAGAAACAUCAUGGGAAGAAGGGCCACCACGACAAAGGACACUACGACGAAGACCACAAGGGCCACAAGGGUCACCACGGUCACGAGGAACAUUUUGCACAUCACCACGACCACGGCAAGAAGGGAGGACAUGCCGGCGGUAAGGAGCAUGGGUACAGCCACGGAAAGAAAUCGUAAAGAUAAAAUAAGUAAUCUAAAUGAUUAUUUGUUAAAUUAUAUUGUUAUUUGUGUUGUUAUAUUUCGAAACAAGUCAUUGUAUAUAAAAAAUUACGUAAGACAUUAUUAAUUUAAAAUAAAAAUAUUUACAUUGCGUAGUCA